GGUGUCAGUUUGCGGAGGCUCCGGUUCCGGCCAUCCCGGCAGGGAGACGUGUAACUUGGGCCGGACAUGGCCGAGAAACGACCGACCGGAGCCCAGCCCGGGCCCCCCGGAACCAACCUGCUCUUCUCAGACUCGGACUUCAGCUUCUCCGUCCCCUUCAUCCCCGUCAGCCAACCCAGCGAUGAUGCCACUGAGGUUGGGGAGGAAGACAGUUUUCUGGGACAGACAUGUGAUGCUCACAGCCCACCACAGAUGCUUAGCUACUUUGCACAACCCCUGGGGAGUAGCAAUGACCCAUUUGCUGCAAUUGUACAGCCACCCCUUAACACGGCACCUCCGUCAUCUGCGCAUGUCGCUUUCUCUAAGCCUCCAGCAUCAAUUCCCUUGGCAUCUGGACCUCAAAAUGGACAAAACCCGGUUCCCUUACAAACUCCAAAGCCCAUCUCUAUAAGCAAUAUACCUCCGGCUUCCAAAAGUAGAAGUGAUUUCCAGCCAGCCUCACAGCAAUGCCCCCCACCCACCACCUUUGCAGCUCCUGUGUCAGGGUCAUCACAAGCUGUGUUUAAUCCCUACCGUCAUAAUGUGAACAGCAGUCGGGCCAACCCAUAUCUAACCCCACCGCAGCUUCAAGAGACAAUGGGUCACUCCACGCAGACAGCCCAGUUUGGACCGCCUCCACACAUUUACCAAGGACCUGCUGCUCCUCUGCCGCCACCUCCACCAGCUGCUUCGUCGUUUCCACCUUCAGUACAGCUCUAUUCCAACACGAGACCUGCAGGUCCUUUGGUGCCUGGGACACCUACUUUUAUGCAGAACCUAUAUGAGCCCGUACAGCCGCACUGGUUUUACUGCAAGCAAGUGGAGGGCAAGACAAUUUGGCUGCCAUUUAGCAACUAUGAUUCGUUAAAUCUGGAGGAGAUUUAUAACUCUGUCCAGCCAGAUCCGGAGAGUGUAGUAAUUAGUACAGACGGUGGUCGUUACGAUGUCUAUCUCUACGAUCGGGAGAGGAAAGCGGUUUUCUGGGAUGAAGAGGAGUCCGAAGUCAGACGCUGCUCCUGGUUCUACAAGGGAGACAUGGACAGCAGGUUCACCCCAUAUAGCGAGGAAUUCAGUGAGAAGCUGGAGGCAAAGUAUAGGAAAGCCAUUACCAGUAACCAGUGGCACAGGAGGCUGGAGUUUCCAGGAGGAGAAACCAUUGUGAUGCACAAUCCCAAGGUGAUUGUUCAGUUCCAGCAUUCUGCUGUUCCAGAUGAGUGGGGAACCCCUCAAGAUGGGCAGGCCAGGCCCCGUGUGGUGAAACGAGGCAUUGAUGACCAUGAUGAAAUUCCAGAUGGUGAAGCGCCUCAGGCUGACCAUUUAGUAUUUAUGGUACAUGGCAUCGGACCAGUUUGUGACUUGCGCUGUAGAAGCAUUGUGGAGUGUGUGGAUGAUUUCAGAACAGUUUCCCUAAAGCUUCUCCGAACCCACUUUAAGAAGCCACAUGAAGAAGGCAGAGUGAGGCGCGUUGAGUUCCUGCCGGUGCAUUGGCAUAGCACCCUCCAUGGAGAUGCCACUGGGGUGGAUCGGCAUAUUCGAAAGAUCUCACUACCCAGCAUCAGUCGCCUCCGCCACUUCACCAAUGAGACCCUUCUGGAUAUCUUAUUCUACAACAGCCCGACUUACUGUCAGACCAUUGUGGAUAAAGUCAGUUUGGAGCUCAACCGCCUGUACGAGCUGUUCAUGAGUCGAAACCCAGGCUUUAAAGGAGGCGUGUCCGUGGCAGGCCACAGUUUAGGUUCAUUGAUUCUAUUUGACCUGCUUUCCAAUCAGACUGAUUUAAGGUCUACAUCUCCCAUGCCUGUUGUUUCUCCCCCUGUAAAUGGCCCUUUGAAAAAAGAAAUUGCGGACAACAAACCGAUAUCUGGCGCCGCCCUACUGGAUCGGCCUCAUGUUCCUGAUGAAGCCAGUGACUCGGACUUGCUGCAGGAAGAUUCACUAAAUCUGGAGGAGGCUCUGGAGUCCCUCAGCCUGGCGGAGUAUGUCAGUGUGUUUGAAAAGGAGAGGAUGGACAUGGAGUCCCUGCUGAUGUGCACAAUUGACGAUUUGAAAGAGAUGGGAAUCCCUCUAGGACCUCGGAAGAAGAUUGCCAAAUAUGUGGAGUCAAGAGUUGCCAAUCAGGCACAGAGGAAAGCUGCAGAGGAACACAGAGCUGCUCUGAAUGCCCAGAUUAAAGCCCAAGAGGAAACCGCUGCCAAGAUCAGCUCGGCUGAUGGCAACCAGAGCACAGAUUCCUCUAAAACUAAGCUGCCUGUUGGUGUUUCUGUCUCCUCCGUUCAUGUUGACUACCAGUACUUUGAUAUAGGUACCGGACAGGUGUCUGUAAGAUAUAACCCUUUGGAUUUUGAGCCAACAAACUUCUUUGCACUUGGGUCUCCCAUCGGCAUGUUCCUGACUGUACGCGGCCUGGAUAAGAUCAAUGAAAAUUACCGGCUACCAACCUGCAAGGGCUUCUUCAAUAUUUACCAUCCGCUGGAUCCUGUAGCCUACAGACUUGAGCCUAUGAUCAUUCCAGAUGUUGAUCUGAAGCCGGUUCUUAUUCCACAUCACAAAGGCAGAAAGAGAUUGCAUCUCGAGCUGAAGGAAAGCCUGACUCGAAUGGGCUCCGAUUUAAAGCAGGGGUUCAUCAGCUCCCUCCGCUCCGCCUGGCAGACACUAAAUGACUUUGCGAGAGCUCAUACAUCCUCGGCACAGCUUCAGGCAGAACUGGAGAAGGUGGCAGACCAGAUCCAAGAAGAAGAAGCCAAGCAGCAGCAGGAGGUGGAAGCUGAGAAGUUAGAAAGUUCUGAACCAUUCCGGGAGGAAGAGCUGUCUGUCAUGGUUGGGAUGUUAAACGGUGGCCGCCGUAUUGACUAUGUCCUGCAAGAGAAGCCCAUUGAGAGUUUCAAUGAGUAUCUGUUUGCUCUGCAGAGUCAUCUCUGUUACUGGGAAUCUGAAGACACGGCUCUUUUAAUCCUGAAAGAAAUCUACGUUUCCAUGAACGUUGUUCCGGAUCAGCCUCUGCACUGAAACAGCCUUCUGCCCAUUACAUGUCUUGGACGUCUGAGUUGGCUUCCAUGAUGGCAUAUCUGCUCUUCUCGUGGCGAUUCGGAGGAGAGGAGUUGAUUUUGUGUGCGAUGUACCUUUCAAUAGGAAGAGAUUAAAUCUACCAUAUCAAGUUGGACACUGAGUAGAUACCGAUCGAUGCAACAGUUUUGUUUCAGCCUCUUUUUUACAGUUUAGUUGAAUCUGCGCAGCAGGUAGAUGGCGACCUGGUUUUCCUUCAGGGGACGGGAGUAUAACCCUCAUUGGGAAUAGUGAAUCUCCAACCUGCAACAUUUUAGUCCUCCCUCUCAGUGGCUGGAAAUGUUUCUCAGUUCCCCCUUAUAAUAAUUCUUGUCUGCAAUCAGUGCGAUAGUUUGAAGGACUGCUGUGAUUAUAGACUCAUAUUUUUUUUUUUUUGUUCUUUUUAAACAAAAGGUUUAUUCAAUAUUAUUGCAAAUGAUUUAUAAAACAAAAAGUAGAUUUUAGCAAUGUA